GAGGAGGCGCUGGGGGGUGGGGGUGAGAGAGACACACACGCUCUCCUACACCCAGCUCGCCGGGAGGACCCAGCCAGUCAGAGGCGGAGAGCGAGGGGGAAGAGCGAACACAUUGGAGGAGAAAUUGCUGCACAGCAAAACACCAGCCAGAGGAGGUGCUUCCCCGCUCUCCCAAUAUAACCACGCCGAGAGCAGGGGCAAGCAGAGACGGCCGGAGCCCCAGCAGCAAAGUGCUGGGCUGGGGAGGCAAAAGGCUUGGCAAGGAUGCCCGUACCUGUAUCGCUUCUCCAGCCCUGAGCGCCGCGGAGGCAGGGCGAGCCGGAGGUGGAUUGUUGGACAAGAACUCCGCGAUUCGCUGCGCCCCCCGGGCUGAGCCCCACAAGGAGGGAGCAGGGGCUGCCUGGAGGAUGGGAGACUGAGAGCCGGGGGCAGAGAGAGGUUCUUCCCCAGCAGCGAACUCCCUUCAUCGUGUCUAUAUUUCUCCGAUACUGAGUUGAAAUCUUCAUUUCUGAAACGUCUCAUAGCAAAUCCAUGACUAAUUUGCUGUCUUCUGUCACCCAUAAAUUACCUGAAAGGACUAAUUUUUGACUCAACUCAACAUCUUGUCUUCAUCAAUUUUCACUCAUACAAGGACUAUCUGCUGAGAUCAUUUCCCUUUGAGGGCACUGUCCAUACAGCUGAUAGCUGAAUUCAGAUUGAGCUUUAAUGAAGAAACGUCAAAGCUGCUAACAAUCACACAAACAGGGAUUCCAGACCUUUGUGACCAAUGAUGUGGUCGUCAUGGAGACUGGUUCUGUUUCUGUCACUCUCUGGGUGUCUUUCAGAAUAUUCAGCAGCUGUUCCAGGCCUCCCAACUUCAUAUGCUGCUAUCCUAAGAAUUAAAUCUGCCAGUUCAUCUUCAGCACUCUUUAAUUCAAAGAACAGGCCACGAUUAAGCAGCCCUUCAUUAGGAAGCAUAUCUUCACCAGGCUGGAGAGGAACAGCACAACACUAUCGCUCACCAACAAACCUCUAUCACUUCUCAGAGGCCUUCAAACAUGACGAAAGUGUUGAUUACGGGCCGGUGUUUGUCCAAGAACCAGAUGAUGUGAUUUUCCCUACUGAUUCUGAAGAGAAGAAAGUGUCUCUGAAUUGUCAAGCACGAGGAAACCCUGCUCCUAUUUACAGAUGGCUACGAAAUGGAACUGAAAUUGAUAUUGAAAGUGAUUACCGCUACAGUUUGAUAGAAGGAAGUUUUAUCAUCAGCAAUCCCAAUGAAGCAAAGGAUUCUGGGCAAUAUCAAUGUUUAACCACCAACGUGUUUGGAAGUAUUUUGAGCAGAGAGGCCACCCUUCAGUUUGCAUAUCUGGGAAAUUUUAGUGGCCGGACGAGAAGUGCAGUCUCUGUACGAGAAGGUCAAGGGGUUGUUCUGAUGUGCUCUCCUCCACUUCAUUCACCAGAGAUCAUCUACAGUUGGGUAUUUAACGAAUUCCCAUCUUUCGUGGCAGAAGAUAGCCGACGCUUUAUCUCUCAGGAGACAGGAAAUCUCUACAUCUCCAAGGUGCAAACAUCUGAUGUUGGCAGCUAUAUCUGCCUAGUAAAAAACACAGUGACAAAUGCCAGAGUUCUAAGUCCUCCAACGCCACUCACCCUGCGAAAUGAUGGUGUGAUGGGGGAAUAUGAGCCGAAAAUUGAGGUCCAUUUUCCUUACACAGUUACAGCUGCUAAGGGAACUACCGUUAAGAUGGAGUGCUUUGCGUUGGGCAACCCUGUUCCAACAAUCUCAUGGAGGAAAGUUAAUGAUCAUAAUCCAAGUAAAGCCCGUCUGAGAAAGUCCCAAGCUGUUCUUGAAAUACCUAAUGUGCAGCUAGAGGAUGCAGGGAUGUACGAAUGUAAAGCUGAAAACUCACGUGGAAGGAAUGUCUUCAGAGGACAGCUACAAGUGUACACGUACCCACAUUGGGUGGAGAAGCUUAACAAUACUCAGUUAGACAGUGGAGAGCAGCUCCGAUGGGAAUGCAAAGCCACUGGAAAGCCACGACCCACCUAUCAUUGGCUGAAGAAUGGAGUCCCUCUUUGGGCACAGAGCAGGGUUGAGAUGGUUAAUGGUGUACUGAUGAUCCACAGUGUGAAUCUCUCAGAUGCUGGAAUGUACCAAUGCUUAGCAGAAAAUAAAUAUGGAACCAUUUAUGCCAGUGCUGAGCUGAAGAUUUUAGCCUCAGCUCCCACUUUUGCACUAAAUCAGAUGAAGAAAACUAUAAUUAUUACCAGAGGCCAAGAAGUUGUCAUUGAGUGCAAACCACAAGCCUCUCCAAAACCAACCAUCACUUGGAAGAAAGGAGACAAAGCAGUAAGAGAGAAUAAGAGGAUAACUGUUCUUCCAGAUGGGAGCCUACAAAUCCUGAAUGCUUCCAAAUCUGACGAAGGAAGGUACUUAUGCCAAGGAGAAAAUGUGUUUGGUUCUGCAGAAACUGUAGCCUCAGUAUUUGUUAAAGAACCAACAAGGAUAGACCUGACUCCCAAGAGGACCGAGUUAACUGUUGGAGAAAGCAUUGUCCUCAGUUGCAAAGCCAUUCAUGACAACACACUAGAUGUCACUUUCUACUGGACUUUGAAUGGGCAGCCAAUUGAUUUUGAGAAGGAAGGCGGACACUUUGAAAGCAUCAGGGCACAAGCAUCCUCUGCAGAUUUAAUGAUCAGGAACAUCCUUCUGAUGCAUGCUGGGAGAUAUGGCUGCAGGGUACAGACCACAGCAGACAGUGUGUCAGAUGAGGCAGAACUUCUUGUUAGGGGUCCUCCUGGUCCCCCAGGAAUAGUGAUAGUUGAGGAAAUUACAGAAACCACGGCGACGCUCUCCUGGAGUCCUGGGGCAGACAACCACAGCCCUAUCUCCACAUACAACUUACAAGCACGUAGCCCAUUUUCACUUGGCUGGCAGACUGUAAAAACAGUUCCAGAGAACAUAAGUGGUGAUAUGGAAUCUGCUGUGGCAGUAGAACUGAACCCAUGGGUGGAAUAUGAAUUCAGAGUUGUAGCAACCAACAAAAUCGGGACUGGGGAUCCAAGUGCACCAUCUCGAGUGAUCAGAACCAGUGAAGCAGUUCCAAAGACAGCACCAGCUAAUGUAAGUGGCAGAAGUGGAAGACGGCAUGAAUUAAUAAUAGCAUGGGAGCCAGUAUCAGAAGAGUUUCAGAAUGGGGAAGGAUUUGGAUACAUUGUGGCUUUCAGACCGAAUGGAACACGAGGGUGGAAAGAAAAAAUGGUGACAUCCUCAGAUGCUUCAAAGUUCAUCUAUAGGGAUGAAAGUGUGCCGCCUCUGACUCCCUUUGAGGUGAAAGUUGGUGUAUAUAAUAACAAAGGAGAUGGACCCUUCAGUCCCAUUGUGGUCAUCUGUUCAGCUGAGGGAGAACCCAGUGCGGCUCCUACUGAUGUCAAGGCUACAGGUUUGUCUGUAUCAGAGAUUCUGGUUGCGUGGAAACAUAUUAAAGAAAGUCUAGGAAGACCACAGGGAUUUGAGGUUGGUUACUGGAAAGAUAUGGAGCAGGAAGAAGCAUCAGAAAAAGUCAAAACUGAAGGAAAUGAGUCAUCCAUCGUUUUGACAGGAUUAGAAGGAAACACAUUAUAUCACCUAACAGUGAGGGCGUACAAUGCUGCAGGAUAUGGACCACCGAGUACCACAGUCCGUGCAGCCACCAAGAAAUCCCCUCCCAGCCAGGCACCAACCAAUAUUAUGUGGAUGCAAGAUGGCUCUCAUGUGUCUCUGGGAUGGGAACCAGUUAGACCUCUAGCAAAUGAAUCUGAUGUAAUGGGAUACAAGGUCUUGUUUAGGCAAGAAGGCCACAGCAAUAGUCAAGUAAUUGAAACACAGAAAACCUCUGCAGUGGUUCUUCUUCCUGAUGUUGGUGUCUAUAUCAUAGAGGUUUGUGCAGUCAGUGAAGGAGGGGAUGGGACUGCCAGCUCCCAAAUCAGAGUACCGUCUUUUUCAGGUGGAAAAGUUACAAGCUCUCAAUCCACUUUACAUGCUCUCUCUACUUCCUCGACAUCUGUAACAUUGCUCUUGGCACUGAUGGUCCCUUCCACCUCAUGGUGAAGACUGCAGACCUUUUUUUUGUUGUUGUUUGUUUGCUUUAGCUUGAUGACACCAAUGGAUGGAGCUUUAUGUUCAUGAAGAAGCUGGAACCCUAAGCAAAUGCCUAAAGACCCAUAGAAAUACACAUGGUGCACUUAGAGGAGUGUUGGAAAAAUGAUAAAUGAUUCAUCAGGUUUUCUCUUCAGUUUUUGUAGAUGUCCUCUGUUUGGGGAGGGGACACUUACUGGCCCAACAGAAAUAUGCAGAUUGUAUGUAAUAAACUUUUGUAAGCAAAUGUAAUUUCUGUCAAAUGUACUUUACUUUUUUAAUAUGUUUAACUUCGGUGAUCCCCAGUUGUGUGCCAUUAGUUGUUUAAAUAGUGGUGUCUAGUACAGUACAUUGGUUUUGUUUGUUUGUUUGUUUUUAAAUGAGUGAAGUUUGAUAAGGACUUUGAAUCUAGUGCUUUUGUUGCUUCCCCUAAGGCUGUCUGCUCACAGUGACAAGGCAGUAGAAGAGAAGAAAAAGAAGUUCAGUUCUAUGGCCCACUGGAUAAGUACAGGAAAUAUUUUCUGGAAAAAUGUAUGAAUAUAUAUUGAAUUAGCAAAAUUUGUCAAUCUGAUAUUUUGAAAGCACUCCCGAGAAAGAGAACAGAGCAGAGAAGAAGCCAUUAAUUUUAUUGCAAGGUAAACUGGAAAUGACUGAACACAAAUUUAAAAGGAAAUAAAUAAUUUCUAUUGUUUUUCAUCAAAUAUUGUAUAAUUUAACUGCAGAGGAAAUAAAUGUUUAUUUUUAAUAGAAAAAUAAAUAAUCUAAAUUCAUUAACAGUGCAUAUAGCAGUUAAACCACCAUUGGGCAUUUAAUCAUAGCAUACAGUAGUUGCUAAAUGAGCAAAUAAAAGGAAUGCAAGGAGACAAAUCUGCUUUUUUCCUGUCAGUCUUAGAUCUUAUUUUUUUAGUCCAUUUUUGUAUGGUACUGUACUUUCUAUCUUUGGUAAUUAAGCUAAAGCUGAAGUAUAUAAGAAUGCAUAUCAUGGAGAGACCAUAAUAUUUCAUGGAUUGUAGUCAUGCAAACAUGCAGAGUUCAAUUAGAAUAUGUUUUGUGGAAUGUUGUGUCCCAAAUGACACGUGGGUAAAUAAGAAUUAUCAAGCAAGAUUUUCCAGUUGGCAAGGCUACUGGACCUUCUUCUAGAGCUCACCAGAUAGAGACUGAUUUUAUAGGGACUGUGUGCUAACAUCUUUAAUCCCAGCCGUUCUUCUGCUGUAUCAGUCUUUUCUCCACUCUGUAAUCAGUUAGGAGGAGUCCCCAUUCUAGAUCUAAAGGCCUUUCCUCAUAUUGGCACCUAAGCCAAAAUGACCCCUAGUGUAUAUGGUGUGAGUGUGGGUGGGUUUGUACAGUGUGGUGUGUGUGAUGUUCUCAGCGAGGGGACUUUUUAUUAUCGUGUUUUUAGGGACUGUGCCCAGGAUGAACUUUACCUUGUUUGCGGUAAUCAAGUGUGUUGUGCUCAAAUCAUUUUAUCAGGAAAGUCCUGGUAGCAUAACUCUUAUAGCUGAUUCUCUAACUCUUUUCAUAGAGAUCUAAUUCAGGCACUGGGUUCUCUAACAAAAAUGCUAUCACUUUGCUUGCUUGUCAGCACAUUCGAAAUGUGCCAUUUCUUACACUUUUAAAAUAACAGCCAGGGAAGCACCAUAGCAGAGCAGAUACUCAAAAGUUGUACAAAACUGAAUGAAAGAUAGAUUUUCAUUUUUUAUCUUUUUGAACAUUUUACAAAAAUAUUUUCUUCAAAAGCCGUUAGAAUCAUUUUCUUUGUUACCCACUGAGAAUUUUAAAGGUUCUAUUCAGAUCACCCCAGAACCAGGUUUUAAAUAUUCUUAGUCACCAUAUUGCUAGGAGAGCAAUGAUGAGACAAUUAUCUGAGAACCAAAAGUUUUGAGAUAAAAGACAAGAAAAGGACUUCCUUCAACAACUUCUUCUGAAAUAACUGUUUGUGGUCAAAGAAAGGGGGGUGGAAUAGAUUGCAUGCAAUGCACAUUGGCUUCUCUGCCAUUGCUGAUAGAGCAAGUUGAAACAAAGCAAAUGCCUGCUAUGGGUUGCAAAACAGAAGCAUUUCCAUUAUGCAAGAGAGCUUGCAUGACCAGGCUCAUGUUUCUAAAGAAAAAUCAGCAUCAAUAAUGAACCAGAGGGCAAAAUUUCCACAUUCUAAAAUUAGUCAAAUGUAAUUCCCUCUGUCUGUACACCAGUGCAGUUCAAUCAGGGGUAUUCAUAAUCAAAGGAGUUAUAGUCACCAUUGGUGGAAUUCUAGUCAAACAAAUUUCUGAAUACACUAAAUGGAUAUGGUUGAUGACAAGUAUCAAAGUCUGGUGUGGAUAAAUAGAUAUAAGUACAUCUACUUAUAUCUAGAUCAGUAGCAUCAAAAUAGUGGUGGAAAUAUGGAACACAUCUUCAGGUCAUGUAAUUGUAUUGCAGGGACACAAGGGGACAUGUUUUAUAUUCAACAUAAACAGAAUAUGUAUUUUGCAUCUUAAAUAUAUUAAUAAACAUGUUUUAAAUGUUUAAGUAUCUAUGUAUUACAUAUUUGUUACUUUGCAGAAAGCAAUGUGUCCUUAUCAUGAGUCAUUAAUUUUUAGCUGCAAAAAGAGUUUUCUUUUUUUUUUUCUUGAAUGAGCUUGUAACAGGGCAGUCACUAAAAAGACUGUAUUUUUGUAUAACAUCGCAAGAGCUGUUUUGAAAAUAAAAUAAAAAAAAAUAAUCAAAGAAAUUUUGUUUGCAGCCCAAAACAAAGUUACUGUCAUGGCCCAUCUCAAAAUGUUAGCUAUAUUGUAUACAAUCUGUAUAUAUACUAUAUAUAAUGGUAUAUACUAUGUGAAAGACACAGUAAAAAUAAUAGUUCCUGUGUACUGUUCUUGUAACAUUAGACCUUUUUAAUAAAUAAUUCUCUUUUUAUUGACUUUUA